AACAGGUCGACGCUGCCUCGGUGAAACGCGAGGAAUCGGCAAAGCGUAAAACUGUUAGUCGCGAGAACUGAAAUAAGGUGUUCGGCGUCCGGUGUGAUCCGGUGGUUCGUCGCAUCCGAAUAUACAACUAAAAUAAUAUAAUAUUAGGUGGUCAAAAAAAUUAUCAUUCAAUUACCCCGUUCGCUUAUUUUUAUCAGGAGACAUCGCAGCUGCCAUAUAAUAUUAUAUUAUAACGUUCAACGGUUAAAACAUACGUACGUACCUACAUAAAAAAGUAACAGAGUAGACAAUUUAUGCUGACGACUGAGGAAUCUUUCUUCAACGAAAAAUAAAGCACCGAAUGCCGGGUAAAAAUUUUUAUCUAUCGCAAUCAAGAGCUACAUCAUACGCUGCCCCAGUGCCAAUUGUGAGCCACGCUGCAAAACGUCGCACGUGAAAAAAGAGAAAACACACAAGACCCUUAAAAAAUCACAUCCAUUGAAACAUGUGUAAUGACAAAAGAGAUAGUCAUUAAUUUUGUCAAUAAACUCGGAAAAUAAAAAAUUAUUACAUCGCAAUUGGCGAUAUAAAUUUGCACAAAAGUGAGUAGCGGAUUAAGAAACCGAAGAAGUGCGAUCGUAUAAUAUCAAAAAAGAAUAAAAAGAGCUUUACCAUUGUUCGGUGAAUAAUAGUAACAACAAUUUGAGGUACCCGUGCGAUAGAGAUCGGUGAUUAGUUUUUACCUUCUAUAGAAAUCUUACGUGUGCCCAAGUGUAGAAAAAAAGAAAAAAUGAUAUCGCAUAAUUAUACCGCAGUGUCGAUGUUUAGCGGUCAUUAAUUAAUUCGUCAGGAGAUAUUUCGAUGAGCUUCAACGGCGCGAAUACUUGAUUAUGUCACUACGAUUUGGUGAAUCUUAUUGCUGAUGCUUCGUUUCUGCUGCAGGACUCGUUAAUCAAGAGAUCCGUACGGAAGCUCGCCGAGACGUUUGAUUGGGCAUAAUUGAUCGGAAAAUAAAAGAAGAGAAAACCGACAUCAGCUGCAACGCGUAGAGGAGCUAAAUUGUCGAAGAACGUGAAAGUUGUUUUUUUUUUUUUCUUUUCUCUCUUCCUUUUCGUCGUUACAUCGAUCGAAAUCCGUCGUGCAUGUGCGAUCGAAUAGAUCGAGGAUAAUCGAUAGCGAAGAUAAUAAAGUAUCGAAUUAAAUUAAGCAAACGGUGUGAGAAAGGCUUGAAAAACGGCGCACCAGUACGGAAUUUAUCACCCAAACUCUUACACGUACAGCAACAAUCCACCGAGUGCGUGUAACAACAGCUGUUCGAUAAAGGGAAGCAACUGCUACCCACCACCGCAUCCCCAUGAAGACUACAGACCCAUAUAUUUUUACGUAGCGCAACCGUACACCAUACCGUACGCCUUUGCUCGCCGACCACGGCCAUCAUCGCUCCAGAAAACUGGCAAAUUCAAAUCAAAGUCAAAGUCGAGCUGCAACAGGGUUAAAUUUAGCAAGAAAUUGAGCGCUGCUCAAUUCACGCAGAAGGUCAAACAAGGUGAAUUUUCAAAAAGCUUGAAUCAGGUUCAAUUUACCGAGGCUACGCGGGGACAGGUGGCCAGCUGCCCCGGGAACAGCCGUCGAAGGGCCGAGAAGAUGACGUCGAUGUUCCGGAGAGGAACCAUCUUCGCGACAUUUUUCCUCUCCCUUUUGGGUGGAGGACUCGUCUGCGCGGCCCUCGUUACCCAACAUUGGGUCGAAGCCAGACCUUGGAGAACGCCGAACCCGCGGGAAAGCGCGGGUCGGGUGAACCUCGGGCUUCUUCAAGGGAAAAAGGAACUGAACGUCGCCUACGGAUGGAGGACGUAUCACGUCUCCGUACCGCACAUGAUUAAGCAGGACCCAACGGUAAUGACGUGGGGAUUGUGGGCAGGUACUUUAGGUACAACUGCAUCCGCUUUGGUAGCAGCUGCCCUGGCAGCUUUACUGGCUGUUUUAAAUACAGCGACAACACCGAGAGCACAAAUAUUAUCCGUUCCUGGUGUUUACCUCAUAAACAUACUCGCCCUUCUACUUUGCUUGGCCAGUACGGGGACGUGGCUCGUUCAAUACUAUACAAAUCUUUACUUCAAUGUAUUGCCUAAAGAGGAUAUAGACAAUAUGUGGACCAGCGAAGGAUCUGCAGAGCUCGGAUACUCUUUCUGGUUGGUCGUUGGAGCUGGAGUGGUUCAUCUGAUCAGCAUAGCAUUGGUUGGUUGGGGAUCGGGAAGAGACAAAGAUGAAAGAUCGGAGCCUGCGCCAGCACUUGAGGAAAAGACUGCCGCAGCAAUUAUGCUAUACUAAUUUUCAAAGUUUAUCGGAAUAACAUCAUUACCAAUUCAUCCACUUGUAAUUUAUACCAUGCUCAGAUUGAGUUUCUUAUCACAGUGAUGAAACCAAAUCAAUUUUGGAAAAUUUAAUUAUAUCAUCUACCCAUUCAUUUCUGACAAGAGUUUUUAGAUACAUGUCACGGUACCAACUCUUACAAUAAUUCAUAAUUCUGAGAUCUGUGACAACAUCCAUGGUUUUAUAAAUUAUAAAUGCUUAAUUUCAAAAGUGUCGGAGACUACAAAAUGUAAGCAUGUGCGAAUCUAUGUAUUACGCAAAAAUACAACCUCACCAGCAACAAUAAUAAUGAUAUGAUAAUAACAAUAAUAUUAACAAUUAGGUAGUGUAAACCAACUGUAAAUAGAAAGUGUGGCGGUAGUUCGUUGAUGAAUACCAGCUGGUGGGACUUCUAUUUAUUGCGCAAUUGAUAUUAUAAGGCAUGCGGAGUUAUUCCGUUUAAUUAUUAAUAAUGACAACAAUAGUAAUAAUUUGAUGUGUCUACAGAACAUGUAUUCAUUAGACACAUUUCUACAUCGUGUGUGUGAUUUGAGUCAGUUGAAUACUUUUGCCACACGCAUUUCUACAAUUGGAAAAACAAAUUUUGGCUUUUGAUAAUAAUUCAUCGAUUUGUUCCUGACCUAUCAACAUUUCCUUUGUGACGUUCUUCCAACGUAAGAGUAAUAAUAACUUCUAGUUCUAUUACACCUGCUAUUAAUUUUAUUAUUAUUAUCGCAUCGCUUUACAUGAAGAUGACAAUGUGGAGAACUGUAUAAUUUCUACAUUCGUUGAAUAUAGAUUUAAUACUAUAACAUAAGGCUAUCUCAAUUAUCAAUGAUGAAAUCUAAAGUACGCGUAGAUCAAGGAGCUUGUAAUUUAUAGGAGAGAAAAUGUUAAUAAAUUAUUCUUGAUAUAAUA